AUGCCCAUUCACGACGCGCCCUUCAAGCCGACGUCCGACACAGCCUAUGCUAUGAAGGUGGCAUACGACGGACGGCUGUCUCUCCGCAACGCGCAAGCCGCUGCCGACGAGACCAGAAGCAAGGGUCGAGAGCUAUUGGGUGUCAGGCGCCGGACGUCGUGGUUGGCCGCGAGCAGACGGAGAGCGACGCGGAGAUGGACGGGAUGGAUCACGGAGACUGCCGCCGUCAACGGAUACGAAGUAUGUACGAGCUGUCGAUCGCACGAUCGAACUGCCGUAGGUGGUCCCGGCUCACCCUUCUGCACUGGUUGCGAAACCUUCCAUGUAUCACGAAUCUGA